UUUAAAACUAAACUAGAAUAGAACCCCACCUCCAUAAUACUAUAAAAGCUGCUUUCUUUUUACUUUUAUCUUUGGUUAUUUAUAACAACAUAAGGGGAAAAAAAAAAAUGGUUCGUUAGACAUGUCUGAAAAUCUUGAUUCGUCCUCCUUUUCCUUCUCAUCUUGUUGGUGGCUCUUCCUUUUUCCUCUUUCUUGGUUUUUCUGAAAAGGUAUGGAGUGUUUUGACAUCUGGAAAAGAUCAUGGUGCAGUGCUUAGACGGUGUUAAGCGUUUGUGUGCUGCCUUCAUAAAUUGUUGUGACACUGAGAUAUACAAGCAACCCAAGGGUCUUGAAGAUCCAGAAGCUCUUGCAAGAGAGACAGUCUUUAGUGUAAGUGAGAUAGAAGCGCUGUAUGAACUGUUUAAGAAGAUAAGCAGUGCUGUAAUUGAUGACGGGUUAAUCAAUAAGGAAGAAUUUCAACUGGCCUUAUUUAAGACAAACAAAAAGGAAAGCUUAUUUGCUGAUCGGGUAUUUGACUUGUUUGAUACAAAGCACAAUGGGAUACUAGAUUUUGAAGAGUUUGCACGUGCUCUCUCUGUCUUUCACCCCAAUGCACCAAUUGAUGAUAAGAUCGAGUUUUCAUUCCAAUUGUAUGAUCUCAAACAGCAAGGGUUCAUCGAGAGACAGGAGGUAAAGCAAAUGGUAGUGGCCACGCUUGCUGAAUCUGGAAUGAAUCUUUCAGAUGAUGUGAUAGAAAGCAUAAUUGAUAAGUGUUUUGGUUAUUUUAGACAUUUGAGGAAGCUGAUACUAAGCAUGAUGGGAAGAUUGACAAGGAAGAGUGGCGAAACCUUGUUUUGCGACAUCCAUCCCUUCUGAAAAACAUGACUCUUCAAUAUCUCAAAGAUAUCACCACCACAUUCCCAAGUUUUGUUUUUCACUCACAAGUUGACGACACCUGAGUUUCUAGCUGACGUCAAGUUGAUAGUCUUUAGCUGGAAGAGCUUGUUUUUCUCUUACUGCCAAUGUAGCUUUUUCUGUGCAAAGGUUCAUCGUUAGAGAGGAUUAAUUAUUUAUUUUACAUUCUCGAUGAACAAAAGUUGCUCCCCAUUUGGUUUGACCAUUUUAGCUUUUGACCAAAUGGGUUUGAGCUAUUUGUUUGUUGGUUGGUCCCAGUGUUUGUUUGCUUCACUGGAAAUCAGAGGGGGAAGGAAUUCUCUGGCAUUUCACCAUACUCAGUGAUCAAAUUGAGUUUGUGCUAUUAGCACUUUGUAAAGUAUACCAUGACUUUCAGAUGAGGUGAACUAAAAGCAGAAGUGCAGAAAACUGAUUGGAAAUUGUAGCCUUGGCUUCCCUCAUUUUUCUUAUUGUAGGUUUGUAUAACGAUCUUUUUCAGUAAAAAGAAUUGCAAAGCGCCUUUUUUUUUUUUGUCCCCUUUUGUGUAAACACUGGCACUCGGUGAUUUGUGUACAUGUGUAUGGUACCAUUUCUGCAUUGAUGUUUUCAGCAGAUUAUCUUGGAUGAUGCAAUGAAUGGAAAGUGUUACUAA